AUGAGCCGCUCUCCCGACAUAGGUAUACCUGGAUGGUGGGAAGGAGUCCGCUGUCUGAGAAAUAUUCACGGAGAAUGUGAGGUUAGGAAUCAGUCCACUGACACGAAUUCAGACAUUGCCCACAGCAACCAAACAGUGCUAAACCGUGACGAUAGCGUCAACAAUCCAAUACCGUGUCCGAUCGAUGAAAUACAGACAAAUACGACAAUUGGUCAUUUACCCGCUGACUUUACAUUCAUCAACAACCCACGGAGAAAAUGUGAAUGUAGCGACGGAACGACCAAAUCUGUGAACUUUCUCGUAGGUAUUGUCUCACAAGCUUCUAGAUUCGAGUUUCGCGCUGCGCUCCGAGAUUCCUGGGCCAAUGAGAGCCUCCUAAAUCAUCUAUCUGCCCGUGCUGUGUUUUUAGUCGGAGCACCACAAACUCAGGAAAUUCAGAAUCAACUAAAUAAGGAAAGUGAACAAUAUGAUGAUGUCAUUCAAGGUAACUUCAAAGAGAGUUACCGAUAUUUGACGUUAAAAACAAUCAUGUUUUUCAGAUGGGUGUAUAUAUACUGUUCACAUGUCAAUUAUAUCAUAAAGUCCCAGGACGACGCGUUUGUGAACGUCAAACGGCUGGACUCUUUAAUGGAAACUUUACCGAAAACAUCACUCUAUUUUGGCAAUGUACUGCUCAGAGGUGCUGUCAAUCGCGAUAAAUGUAGUCGCGACUACACUUCAUUCGAAGCUUACCCUUACGAUAUGUUCCCCAUAUACAACUUAGGUGCGUUCUACAUUCUCUCAGGUGACGUAGCUUCAGCCGGUUACGAAUACAUAUCAAGCCGUAACACGGGCUACGUUCCAUCAGAAGAUGCAUAUAUCGGAAUCAUAAUGUCCAAACUGGGUGUGGUUGCCAAGCAUUCUAAUAGGAUAUACGUUGAUGCGGCAGUUGUGGAACUACCGUGCAUAUAUAUUAACAAUAUCGCAGUUCACAAAUCAACGCCGAGUUUAAUACUGGAAUACUGGGCAUUUAUUGAAAAGAUGCAAUUAUUUGACGAUGUGUCCGAAUAUAUGAAUUCUCUCUGUCGAAAAGGAACAAAAUAA